GUUUUGUUUUCCCCAUUAAAAACAAAACAUUUCAAUUUCUAAUCUAAUUUAAUUUAAUUUAUGUUCUUCGUAAUUUUCGAAUUUAAAGUGUGCUAUUAGCAAUAUUGAAUCCACUUCUUUGUUAUAUCAUCGCAGCAAUUAGAUAAAAACAUUUUAAUUAUGGCAAGUAAUUUUGUGCGAAGAGUCGAUCAACUCGAUGCUAAUGUUUUGGAUGAAGAGUUACUUCAUCUUCUUAAUACGCAGUAUAGAAAGGCUUUCAUAUAUUUACCGAAUUCAAUUUUAGCCCGUUUAGGACCAGAAUUGGAUGUUUUAUUCAAGUUUCUUUUCAAGUACUUGCCGUUGAGUGUAUUGAAAUGUACAUUCGGCCAAAACCUAUUUCAGUUACAAUAUCAUCGGAGUGGUUCGCAUCAGUUAGCUUCAAAUAAUAGAUUAUGUACAUUAGCUUUUAUUAGUGUAUGUGUUCCAUGGUUGUGGGAUAGAAUUGUUCGUAAAAUUAUUCUAACAUGGCCAAACAAUGAACUGUCAAAUAAGACACUUGAUGCAUCAUAUGUUUUGGAACGUAAAUUUUCUGCAGCACACCAGCUUUUUGCUUUGAUUAAUUUCUGCAUAUUUUUACAAAAAUCUACUUAUUUGACAUUAUAUGAGCGUCUUCUAAAGGUGAGACCUUUGUAUUCUGUACAGCAGAAUAUUCGAUCUGUUCAAAAUGAUAAUAUAGAUAGAGAAUUAUUAUGGCAUGGAUUGUCGGAAUUUUUAGGCUUUGCCUUACCCCUGAUCAAUGUCACUAAAAUAAAAGGAUUCUUUAAGAGAACUUUCAUGCCGAAAUCUUACAAAAGCCAUUACAAGAAAUAUUUCAUUCAUAAUAAUUUAUGUUCAAUUUGUGGUGACAUUCCGAAUUUCCCUCAUACAUUUGGUUGUUCUCAUGUGUUUUGUUAUUAUUGUAUAUCUAGUAUUGUUUUAGCUGACCCUGCAUAUCUUUGUUUAGAUUGUGAUAUUAAAGCUAAUGGUAUAGAAAAUCUAAAACCAUUAGAUUCUGCUAAAAUGUAAAUAAUUUACUUUCAAAAUAAAGGUUUUUAUGUGAA